GGUGCGCUUCUGACAAGCCCGAAAGUCAUUUCCAAUCUCAAGUGGACUUUGUUCCAACUAUUGGGGGCGUCGCUCCCCCUCUUCAUGGUCGCGGGCAAACUUCCUCCUCGGCGCUGCUUCUAAUGGAGCCCCACCUGCUCGGGCUGCUCCUCGGCCUCCUGCUCUGUGGCACCAGGGUCCUCGCCGGCUACCCAAUUUGGUGGUCCCUGGCCCUGGGCCAGCAGUACACAUCCCUGGGCUCACAGCCUCUGCUCUGCGGCUCCAUCCCAGGCCUGGUCCCCAAGCAACUGCGCUUCUGCCGAAAUUACAUUGAAAUCAUGCCCAGUGUGGCUGAAGGUGUGAAGCUGGGCAUCCAGGAGUGCCAACACCAGUUCCGGGGCCGCCGCUGGAACUGCACCACCAUUGAUGACAGCCUCGCCAUCUUCGGGCCCGUUCUUGACAAAGCCACCCGCGAAUCGGCCUUCGUGCACGCCAUCGCCUCUGCUGGUGUGGCCUUUGCUGUCACGCGAUCCUGUGCGGAGGGCACCUCCACCAUCUGUGGCUGUGAUUCGCAUCAUAAGGGGCCGCCCGGCGAGGGCUGGAAGUGGGGCGGCUGCAGCGAGGAUGCCGACUUCGGGGUGCUUGUGUCCCGGGAGUUCGCGGACGCACGUGAGAAUAGGCCAGACGCGCGCUCGGCCAUGAACAAGCACAACAACGAGGCUGGCCGCACGACCAUCCUGGACCACAUGCACCUCAAGUGCAAGUGCCAUGGGCUGUCGGGCAGUUGCGAGGUCAAGACCUGCUGGUGGGCCCAGCCCGAUUUCCGUGCCAUCGGCGACUUCCUUAAGGACAAGUAUGACAGUGCCUCGGAGAUGGUGGUGGAGAAGCACCGGGAGUCCCGCGGCUGGGUGGAGACCCUCCGCGCCAAGUACGCGCUCUUCAAGCCACCCACUGAGAGGGACCUGGUCUACUACGAGAACUCCCCCAACUUUUGUGAGCCCAACCCGGAGACGGGCUCCUUUGGCACCAGGGACCGGACUUGCAAUGUCACCUCCCACGGCAUCGAUGGCUGUGACCUGCUCUGCUGCGGCCGUGGCCACAACACAAGGACGGAGAAGCGGAAGGAGAAAUGCCACUGCAUCUUCCACUGGUGCUGCUACGUGAGCUGCCAGGAGUGUAUCCGCAUCUACGAUGUGCACACCUGCAAGUAGGGAGCCAGGGCACUGGGAACAGGUGACAUGUGCGGCUGGGCAGAUUCACCGAAGUCCUACAGGGAGCAGGGCCGAGCCGGGCUCAGCCCCAGCAUCAGACGGCACGGAAACGGGACUGUUGCCAGAUGCACGUGUGGUAAUGACCUGGACCCACCUCGCCUGCUGCCUGGGAGGCCUCCCUCCCUCUCUCAUCUUCAGUUUCUCACCCUACUCGGGAUGGUGUGUGGUUUUCAAAGAAGGGGCUUUCUUUUUAGUUCUCCGGGGUCUGAUAGGAACAGACCUGAGGCUUAUCUUUGCACAUGUUAAAGAAAAUAAAAGUGGCAAAAAACCCCAACCAGCCAACCUUCUACUCCAGCAGAACAGGCUGGGCUGCCGUGAGCCUCUGCCUGGUGGGAAGGACAUCCGCGUGGGCAAGAUCGUCUCCCAGCCGCUGCGUCUGGUGCCAUCCCGAGAUGCCUGUGCGCGGGGAGUCGGGAAGCGGGGCAGCGCCCUGCCGUCUCCUCUUCUCUGUCGACUCCCAUUCAAAUCUGAUAGACUUUCACAUUCUGAUAAAAGCCAUAGGUUGAGCUGGGAGAAAGUGGUAGGGAGGCCCACGGCAAUCGUUAGAGUCGGUUUGAGUUUUGAAGAGCCGGAGCUCCGGGCGACCUGGUAAGCUGUUUGAAGAGCAGCCGUAUGUUCUUCUCAGUCCCAUUUUCUCUGUAACCCCAUUCUGCACGAGAGGCUCUUGUGAACUGCAGUCAGAUCUCCAGCUCUUUCUCUGCCAUUCUGCAGUUUCCACCAGGAAUGCAGUACUUUUUUUUUUUUUUUUGUAGUGAACAUUGUAAAUAGGUUACGUGGGGUGGUGGGGGGCACCCUUUCGCCAGCUCAGAUGGCUUCCCAAGGAAGGAAGCAUCUUUAGAAGGGGCCAUUCUGUCCCUCCCAGCCCUGCUCACCUGCAGAUCCUGCAUAAAAACAAACUCCAGCUUGAGCAGUUGGACUCUGGGUCACUUAGGAUAAAUUAGACAAAGGGUCAGAGAGAGUAGCAGGCUGUCCUUGAAAUUCCAGUUGUGUGAGCAGUAGAUGGGGAGGAUAAAGAGGAGUCGUUCGUUUCCUUCCCAGUUGGGACGCGUCGUCCUGCGUCCCUUUCUGUCUGGCCUGUGCCAGGAAACCAGUGCAGAUCUUUCCCACACACCUCUGGCCUCACCUGCCCACUGAGAGCUUCAGUUCGUGCAGCCACCAGGAUCAGGAUGAGGUGUUCAGAGGCGGGCAAGCAGUCACUCGUUCUUUCGGGUGAAGCAUCCCACCGCUGAGUUCUCCUUAUCCCCACGGGUCCUCUGCCGUGGCCUAGAGGAAGCUAGCAGAGCGGAGGCAGACAGAUCUGACAGACUGAGUCGACACGGCAGCUCUGUCUUAAGGAGAAUCAGAAAGGAGAGAGGCAGCCGGGCCCGGGGGGAGCACGGCGCCGUCUUCCUCCCCUCUCCUCCUCGCUUGGGUCAGCCCGACACUGACCCCAGACGGCAGGCCGGCCACCUUCCCACCUGCUCAGGCAGGUUCACCAAGAUGGUCAUCUAGAAGCCGGGCCUGCGCUCUUGAAUCUGCUGGCAAGGAGCCCUGCUAACGAUACACUGCCCACCCCUCUAGAGAGUCUGAAGUGCCCCCCAUCUCACCUGAGACUGGAGCGUUUUAAAUCGUGUCGCCCAGGUGAUGCUUGCUUUAUGUGAGAAGGACUUCUGCAGAAUGGAUACACAUGUUCAAAGCAGUCUUUUCAUAUCUAUGUAUUAUCUCUAUUAAAAGUGAUAAAGUCAUGUUUCUGGGGCGUAUUCAAGUAGACGACAAGUAAUUAUUUAAUAAUAGUACAUUGAGUGCAUUGUAAUUAUUCUCGCAGUAGUCAGGUAAUAGUAUCCAACGGAAAUUUCCUACCAACCUGCUGUAUCCAAAGUUUUGUAAA